CCCAAGAAAAGCAAGAGAGGGUAGCUAGCAGCCUAGCACAGAUUUGAGAGAGAUCCAUCUAUCCAACAAGAUGAACCUACAGGCCGAGCACCUCAACCUGAAGGAGGCGACGGUCACCUGCAUCCCGAGGCUGCGCGGCGGCGGCGGCCGGCGAUCCCGCCGGGGAGUCGCUGCCACGCAGCAGGUGUCCAUGCUGGACCGCGUCCGGGACGUCGUGCUGCGGCUUGCGAUGUUGUCGGCCGCGUCAACGGCGACAACGACGGCCAAGGGCGCCCCGGGAACCCUGCGGCGGACGGCGACAGCGGCGGCGACGGCGACGCCUUCCAGAGCGGCCGCGCGCGUGAGCCCAGCGGCGUCCGUGGCGUACACGGACUCGUACCGGAGCGAGGCGGUGGACGACUGCAUCGAGUUCCUGAAGCGGUCGGCGGCCGGCGGCGGCGGCGCCCCGGCCACCGCCGUGGUGGAAGCGAGCACGGCGGCGUCACCUUUGCAUGCGACUGCAGCAUGUGCCCUGUGAAUUCAGAAUUAGGUGAAUCAUGUCCAGGUUGGUGUCUGUACAUGUGGUUGGAUGUAUAUGCGUGAGGAAGAUCAGUUGGUAGCUUAUUAGGUUAUGGAUGGGGUGGGUGCAUCGAUCAUGGAUCCAUGUGUUUGAUGAUGCCAUG